GUGCCGCAGCUGGAAAAAUGGCAUCUGAUUCAGGCAGAUACAGGAGUGCAGUUAGCAAAAACAAAGACCCCUCUGGUCUUCUGAUCUCUGUUAUCAGGACUCUGUCCAGCAGCGAUGAUGUGCAGGACAGGGAGACUGAGAAGGGCCGCCUAGAAGAAGCAUUUGGAAUAUGUGACAGGGAUUUGGAUAAAUUGAUUGUUCAGCAUUAUGCAGAACUUACCACUGCCAUCCGGACGUACCAGAGUAUCACAGAGCGUAUCACCAGCUCCCGCAACAAGAUCAAACAGGUUAAGGAGAACCUCCUGUCUUGUAAAAUGCUGCUUCACUGUAAAAGGGAUGAGCUGAGGAAGUUGUGGAUCGAAGGCAUUGAGCACAAGCAUGUCCUCCAACUACUGGAUGAAAUUGAAAGCAUUAAGCAGGUUCCUCAGCGACUGGAGGCCUACAUGGCAAGCAAGCACUACCUACACGCCACAGACAUGUUGGUGACAGCUGUAGAUUCCUUAGAAGGCCCUUUGCUACAGGUGGAAGGGCUUGGAGACCUUCGCCUGGAGCUCCACAGCAAGAAGCUCAACAUCCACCUGGUGCUCAUCGAUGAGCUGCACCGACAUCUCUACAUCAAGUCCACGAGUCGCCUUGGACACAAAAACAAGGACAAAAAUGCUCCUCGCUUUCCUGGACAUGUCCUCAGUGCCUGUGUUGGAAGUCGGCAGCCUGUCAACCCCACGCAAGCUUUUGGAUUCAUCUCACAGGAUAUCCGAGAGCUGAGCCAAGCAGAACUUUCUGAAGUGGACCCUGAAGAGAACAGUGCUGAGUUCAUGGGCAUCCUCAUCAGGGCUCUGGCCAAAUUGAAGAAACUCCCAGAGACCAUCAAAGCCAUCAUGGAGAGGCUGGAACCAGAGCUGAAACAGAUUGUCAAGCGGUCUACCACUCAGAUAGCAGACCAUGCCUACCAGAGAAACGUUGCCCAGGAGAGCCAGCCAAGGCUGCUGUUGGAACUGCUGGAGCUUUUGUUUGAGAAGUUCAAGGCAGUGGCCCAGGCUCAUGGUGUGGUGCUGGUCCACAUGCAGCAGAUUGCAGGCCAGGGUCCACGUUCAACCCAGGAAGAGGAUAUCAAGCUCUAUGAGCAAGCCGAUGUCUCUGCCAAGAUCCAGACAGUGCUGCAGGUUCUGCUUAUGGAGUAUCUGGAUGUGAAGAACAGUCGCAGUGCCACAGAGCCCUCGGCUCAGCUUUCCUAUGCCAGCACUGGCAGUGAUUUUGCUGCCUUUUUUGCAAAGAAAAAACCACAGCGUGCCAAGCAGUCCCUCUUCAAGUUUGAAUCAUCUUCCCAUGCCAUCAGUAUGAGUGCCUACCUGAGAGAGCAGCGCCGAGAACUCUACAGCAAGAGUGGAGAGUUACAAGGGUGGGAGUCCAGUAAAAACUGGAGCAAAGACUAUGAAGGAGAGGUGACUAUAGUU